AUGAUGCGCAUGGCCGAAGAGGGUGAUCAUCGACAGUUUGAUAUUUUGGUAGCAGACAUAUACGGCGGAAAGUAUACAAACUUGGGACUCAGUGGUGAUCUUAUCGCUGGGUCGUUUGGUAAAUGUGCCAGGAAAUGUCUCGCAGAUGAUUUGAAAAAUCGUCCAGACUAUAAGAAUAACGUGAUGCGAAGCCUUCUGCUUAUGAUUAGUAAUAGUAUCGGUCAGGGGACCCAGCAAGCGCAUUUUCUACGACAUGAGGGUUAUACCUCAGCAAUUGGAGCAUACCUCAGUGGAGCUUCUCUCAUUGAUCUUUCUCAAGCCGGGUUUGGAGCUGGAUAUGAAGCAGAACGACUUUCAUGGCGUGAGUACUAUUCAGGCUGUUCAGAACUUGGCAGAUUUGUUCCGACUGCUCCUUUGUCUAUGGGAUUUACGGUAGGCCCCGUUUAG